AUGCUCUCGUGCCAGCGCAGCAGAACCACCAUUCUGCUGGCCUUCUUCCUGGCCUUGAUCUUCGUCUCGAUCCUGCGGGCCAGCCACGCCUCCAAAUACCUCCAGAAUAACCCUAAUAUCGAAAUUACUCCGGGGUCGCAAUCCCAAUCGCAAUCCGAGUCGGAGUCGCAGUCAACAACACAAUCACAGAAGCAGCAAUUGCAGCAACCGCAGCAACCCCCGAAACAACCUCAGUCCGAGGCGCAGGCGCCUCCGAAUGAUAUCCCGCUGCAAAAGGGUGCUCCUGCCCUCCCCGGAUCCGACCGGCUGUCGAAAUUGCAAAACUACGAGUGUAAUCUGGACCUGAACCUGCUUCGUCCCUACGGGUCGUACUACGAUGGCAAGGUGAAAUAUUCGCGGUGGGAUAUCGCGGUGGUGCGAUCGGAGAAGUUCAAGGGUUUCUCAGAGCAUCUGAACGUACCUCUGCCCGAGUCCGAGUUGCCGCCGUUGCAGCUGGAUAUCGACUCUGCCGAUCCGAAAAUUCAGUACCGGCCCCUCCGUCCCGAGACGUGCAAGCCCAUCGUUCUCGAGGCGCCUCCCGUGGAAACGGUCGAUGCCUCGCAUGUCUAUGUUGGGUUCGCCACGACCAUUGAGCGUCUGCAUGAUGAUCUGCCCGCCUUUGCGCACUGGGCUGCCAACACCAAAUUGCACAUGUUUGGUCUGUUGGAGGAGAUUGUCAUUGAAGAAGAUCUGGGCGAUGGCAAUGGCACGCAGACGCGCGUGAUUGAUCGCACCCCCGAGAUCAGAGAGAUGGAGCAGCGAGCCAAGGAUCUGGGCAUCCGAAUGACCCUGCUGACUUCCCCCGCCGAAUACACCGAUCGCUACUUCGCGUUGACUAAGGUGAUGUGGGAGAAUCGCGAUCUCGACACCAAGACCGAUUGGGCCGUCGUCAUUGACGACGACACCUUCUUCCCAUCCAUGGGCAACAUCAUCCACCACCUCAAGGCCUACGAUCCUUCCGAGAAGUGGUACAUCGGUGCCCCGACCGAGAGCUUCGAGCAACUCAAGGGAAACAUGUGGAUGGCCUUUGGCGGCGCGGGCAUCUUCAUGUCCAUGCCGCUGAUCGGAGAAAUGAUGGAAUCCUACGACUCCUGCGACGAGUGGAAGGGCCCUGGCGACCAGAAGAUCGCGCAGUGCGUCUACUGGCACACCAAAACUAAACUCACCUGGGAAAAGGGCCUCUUCCAACUCGACAUCCACCGCGACCCGUCCGGCUUCUUCGAGUCCGGCCGGCCCCUCCCGCUCUCCGUGCACCACUGGAAGUCUAACUUCCAUGUCGACAUGGUCGCGCUCAGCAAGGUCGCUGCUAUCUGCGGCGAUAACUGUCUCCUCAACCGCUGGCGGGUGGGAGAUUCGCGUGAGUGGUUCUUUACCAAUGGAUUCUCGCUAGUCAAGUACUCCUACCCGCUUGAUGACGAGGAUAUGAAGCGUAUGGAGUUUACCUGGGAAGAGGACUAUUGGUCGCCCAUGGAUGAUUACUCCUACAGUCUGGCGCCGCUGCGUGAUAUGGACUGGGAGAAGCUCUCGUUCCAGCUGCGGGAUGCUGUGGUGGAGGAUGAUGGUCGCCGGGUACGACAGAUCUACGUUCAUGAGCCGGACUUUUUGAUGAUGGGCCUGCCCACAUCCGGGAGGUGGUUUGGAAUUUGA